AUAACAACACAUAAAUGUGAGGCUAAUAUCACAAGACGAAACUAACUACCACACUUCACGGCCAUGGUGGUUGUGACAAAAUCCACUUCACUACCAUCUAUCCUCACUUCCUGCAACCAAAUAUCACCAUUCCUCCAACAUUUCCAUCAAAUUUACAGCAAUUGUAGGAGACCCACUAGACAAAAAGUGCUCAACUCUAAUGGGUUCCUUUCUGUUAAAGCUUAUAUGGAGAAUCCAAAUUCCAUUUCCAGUUUCGCCAACAAAGUCAUUGGCUCUCUCCCUGUGAUAGGCCUUGUAGCUAGAAUUUUCAACGAUGAAGGUGGUGUUGGUGGUGAUAUUAUUGAUUUCGCAGAGUUCAGAAGAAGAGUGGGCAAUAAUUGCACCAUCAAUGAUUCUAGAGCUUUCUAUGAGUUCCAGGAUCGGCGAGGCAAGGUAGGGGAUCCUUUGUAUGUUCUAUUGUGCUGUUGGCUAGCAGCUGUUGGUGCUGGUCUUCUCAAAUCCGAAGAGAUUCUGGAAGGGGCAGCACGGCUUCGGAUAUCAAAUGAUAUUGAGUUUGAAGAGCAGAAUUUCAUUUCGUUGAUGAAUGAAGCCAGAGAGAAGCGAGCAAAAUUAAAGGUUUCAAGCCCUAGUAUUCCAAUGGAGGUGCGAGCUGAAAAGGCACUCGAGGCAAUUUACAUUUGCUGCUUUGGGAAGGAUCCUAUUGAAACAGAAGAUGAGAAAUUGCUGACUCUAAUGCUAAGUGCUGUUUUUCCAUCGGUCAAGCAGCCAGAAAUAGAAAGAAUUGUUGAAGAUAAAGCAAAGAAAGUGGCUGAAGGUAGUGAUGAAGUGAAUGUUCCAGAGCCAAAGAACUUGCCUAAAGAAGCUGUACAGUUACAAAUGAAAGACCUCGAAUUCCUUAAACAAAAUAGAGACACUUAACGUAAAUGCUUAUUGUUAAUACAGCGGUGACUUCUAAGUGAGUGCAAAAUUAAAACUUCCAGAUGUAAAUGCCUGGAGUUUUGUUGCUUGUACUGUUCAAAAUAUCAUAUACUCUACUCGGAAAAGGAAAAACGAUGAAUAUCAACAAAAACGGUGAGAGUUCUUACUUUCUUUAGCUGUUGUUGUUACACUUACUAAUGAAAUUGAUUGAAUAUUUCAUCCAUUUA